UGUCCAUUUCCCGACUUUCACCUCUUGUCUCCUACUGCCAGCAUCAAAACCUCUAUACUCAUGCUUUAUCAAUACCUGUCUCCGGAAUAUAAAUGAAUACAGCAUCACUAUAUUUUCGAUUUCACAUCCUACUGACGACAAAUAUAACCAAUUAUCUCAAAAUCUAUCCGCUUAUUGGACUCGACAGUCCAACACUAUCUCACAUCAGGACUCCCACGCGUCGAGACGCUCUUCGAACCUCAAUCGUUCCCAAUGCAGCCGCCUGUAAAGCCCCCAGACGUGAUUUGGACCUUAUUGUUAUCAAAACAUCGCGCUCUGACCCAGAUUGGCGUAUUGAACGACGCGUUCCAUUCAUUUCCAUCCUCAUCUGGCCGGUCAUAAUACCAGAACUUCUAGGCCGAGAUGCCACCGCCCACGCAUCCUCUCGCGUACUUCAACUAUGGAUCCUGACCAUAGUCAUAUACCGCCUACCCACGCCCUUUCAUCUUGUAAUUGCCGAAUGCAACCUUGUACCAUCCCUCACAGUAGCCAUGCUUCUCAGUGAUGGGGGGUCAAAAGCGGUUCGACCAUUUGAUGUGGAUUUCGUAGCUAUACAAGCGCUCAACAUACGCACCGCCAAACUUCUAAUUCAAUGGAUUGAUUGGAACAUCGCCAUCGCAACUAUGGAUGAAUGGAUGAUGCGCUUGAAUGCAUUGACACACUCUAGCCUGUUAAACGUGGCUGCCGCGCCACUGACCUUGAGUACGAAUUCAUGUUCAUCCGGUGUACUUGGAUGGUACGUGUAUCUAGCAGCCCAACCUAGCAGGUCCGAUGGCGUCACCCUAUGGUUGCAGAAGUUCUGAUAAUUGUCGUCCAUGCGGUCCACGCUGGCGUAGGACCUGGAACCUUUCUUGCUCUAGCACACAAGGGCCUUGGAUAGAGUGCAGUAUGGAUUGGCCUGGUUGAGAGCUUCGCUUUGUAAUGAGAUCGCAGUUGCGAUGGCAACGCUUGCCAUCGUUGCGUAUCCCAACUCGUUG